AUGUUGAGGUGGCACAACCAGAUUGUUUUCAUAUACUUCUUUGGCAUCCAGAUUACUAUCCUUCUCAUCGUGUGUUUUUCUCCCGCUGACCAGUUACUUCCUGUAAUUAACGUACUCCUUACAGGAGAGGCGGAGGAAUGGCCCCAGGCUACUCUCGAUCUUUGCCGGCUGCUUGAGCGACCGACAGAGGAAGGAAACGAAACCUUCUUGGGAGCACUUAGGGACCAAUUCCCCGAGCAAACCGUGACUGAAAAAGUCUCAUGUGAGGCUGAGCUUGCGAAGCUAGUACAAGAAGACAAGGACCUGGCUGAAUACUGUCAAGCAGGGGUUGAAACUUUGAGGCAUCAAGGGAUUAAGGAUCAAGUCGCCAGUUCAUCUAUGAUAGGCAGGAAACUUGAGACCCUGCUGCUCGAGACAGUGGUUAAUAAGUGGAUACGAGGCCUUAAAAAGACAAGGACUAGAAUCAAGUUGAUGAAGGUAUCUAGCGACCUUCCCACCCUCCAAGCCGCUUACAACAGGGCUAGGAACGUGGAGAAAGCAGAGCAUCCCAGCAAAUAUGCCGAAUUCCAGGCGGCUUAUGCCAAACAAGUUUGCGGGGUUGAAGAAGAGGAGGAUGAGGAGGAGGAACGAUUAAUGCCAGAGAACCUCUUCGAGAAACAGGAUUCUAGGAAUCAAGGAGCCAACCGCCAGGGUUUCCCGAAAUCUGACUACUCGGAGUCCUGUCCGCCAGAGCAGAAUCCUGAAGGUCCCGAUGGUCGAAAGAGCAACAAUGACUUUGUCAAUGGGAGAAGAGACGUGGAGGAAGGACGGCACCUCCCCCUUGUACUUGGAGUGUGGAAGGCUUGGUCAUCUGGCUAG